CGCUCCUCCUCCGGGCGCCCGUUCCUCGGGGCACGGCUCGAGGCGUUUGGCCGUUCCCUGCCCGCGGGGCCGCAGCCGCGGGGAAGGGGCGGCGUUGGCCUGGAAGCCAGGGGCGGGCUGGGGGAGCCCCUGAAGGACCGUGGGCUCCUGACCCGGCCGGGACGGAGCCCCCCGGGGCUGCUGCCGCCGGUGGGGGCGGCCGGAGGGUGCGGGUGGGCUCCCGGGGCUGCCCGUGGUUGAGGGAGGGAGCCCUGGCUCCUCGGCAGCAGGUGGCUGAGCCGUGUCCCUCAGCAUCAGGAGAGCGUGCAGCCCGCCCUCCCCUCUCUGCCCAGGUAGAGGAUGGAGACCCUGGACGAGUUUGACAACGAGUACCCCCUCAGCAUGGCGUUUUGCAAGCAGAUUUCCCCAGAGGACUUUGAGGAGCAGUCCGUGUCCUACACGCAGCAGUGCCUGCGAGAGCUGUACUCGACCAUGGAGCAGAACCCGCGGGUCUUUGAGAGGGCUUUGAGAAAGCAGAAACAGGUGGAGAAGGAAGAAGCUGGCUUGCUGUCUUACAUAAAGGCCAAGAUUUUUUGGACUCUGCAGGGAGAAUUAAAUUACUCUAACUACAUGGACAUUGCAGAGAUGAAAGAGAAAGUAUGCCAGCUGAGACGAGACAUGAAGAGAGUAAACAGCUAUGCUCAGGGUGCAAGAACUAGGAAAGGGCGACAUCCAAGGCAGUUGUGGGGAAAGAUGCACACUCUAGAAGGUGGAUUUAGCCCCUUGCGCUCCAAGGCUCCUGAACCUCCCAAGAUCACAAUGCCCAGGGUCUUUGGCCCUUUUCCAAAAAUCACAAAUAAGCAGAUGGACAGAACUACAAUUUCAAGCCCUGAUCUGAAAUACUGGUGGAAUGGUGCAGCAACAGUGAACCAGAAAAGACUUCUUGGCAGUGCUCCCACGCCUCCUCCUCAAAAUGCUGGCUCUAAGGACACCAAACCGGCAGCCUCCGUUUUUAACACACCUAUACAAUGCACAUUUCAAGGUGGUGCAGAAGAUGACAUGGAUAGUGAAAAACCUGGCCCCAGUUCCUCUGCUAAAGAGGCAUAAAUGUCUCUUCUAAUAUGGAAAACCUAGGUGAAUAAACACUGUGCAAGUGCCCUGGUUGCGUGUGGAGGCUCUGCUAUGCCUUAGCAAUAGUUUCUGCAAAAGCUUUGGUUAGCAGGACAGCAGUAUUACGCAAAAGAUUACUGACAUCUAUGAGCUUUCUUCACUACCAAACAACACAUUUCUAACUCACUGGAAAGUAGGACUGCCAUUAAAUGGGAGCAGAAUGCAGGUAGGGGUCCUGAACUUACCUCACAUGGCUUCUAAGUGAAGCAGUGUCUCCUAUGACCCAUUAUAGCUAAGUCUUGAAACACGUUAAGUAUCUAAUUUCCUCCACCUUCUGCAGAAUUGGGUCCAAAAGUAUCCCUUUGAUUCUGUAUUUUACUUGCUCCUGAAAGUGGCAACAACAAACCCAAGAAUUUUGCAUCGUGUGGACAGAUCUCCUUGCUUUGUUACUGCCCUUUUAGUAAAUGA